AUGUCCGACAAAUCAUCCGGCGUCGAGCACGUCGAGAACGCUCCGAAGGCAGACAGCAUAAACUAUCCAGCACACGAUGCCGAAAAACAAUCUCACGAUAAUGCAGCGGGUGCUAAUCUCGAGCUCGAUGAAACGGCACUGCCACCGGGUUACUACCGCAGCAAGUUCUUCAUAGGAACAAUGGCGGGUAUCGGGUUGGGACUUAUGGCUGGUGUCGCAGCAUACGGCUAUGCAGCACCAAUCUUGGGCAUCAUCAACGCAGAUAUCGGACCAGAUCCCAAUGUCGUCUGGGUGGCACUAUCAUACACCCUCACCUCAGCAGUUACUCUAACCAUCAUUGGUCGAGUUUCCGAUAUCUUCGGCCGCCGCUGGACGUUCGUUGGUGGAGCAGCUCUUGGUGUCAUUGGAUCUAUCAUCUGCUCUGUUGCGCAGAACGUAACUACUCUCAUUGUCGGCACUACGAUUAUGGGAAUUGCUGCAGCGACACAGCUAUCAUACUUCUACGUCAUGGGUGAACUUGUACCAAUGAAAUAUCGGCUUGCUGGUAACGCGUUCUGCUAUCUUUUUUGUAUCCCCGGAUCUGGAGUUGCACCUGUUAUCUCGAACGCGUUCAUCUUGUACCAACCUAGUGUCGGCUGGAGAGGGUGCUACUACGUUCUCAUUGGUAUCAAUGCGGCUUCGUUCCUAUGCUGGUUCCUCUUCUACCAUCCGCCGACAUUCCACAUGAAACACGGCGAGAACGCAAGUGUGGUCAAAUACAUCAAGCAGUUCGACUAUGUCGGGACAGCAUUGUAUACCGGAGGACUGCUGAUUCUCAUGAUGGGUCUCUCCUGGGGAGGAUCUGUUCACCCAUGGAAAUCCGCAUAUGUCAUUGCGACUCUUGUGGUCGGAUUCAUGUCUCUUGUUGCAUUUGUCUGCUGGGAAACAUUCAUGGAUCUCAAGGAACCACUUGUUCCCAUGCACAUUUUCAAGAAUUACUCCUGGAACGCGGCGGUCAUUCUCACUGGGCUAGGCGCAUCGGUCUACUACGCUUUUGCCAUCGUGUGGCCAAGUAUGGUAGCCGUUCUGUACGCUGAUGGCGGACCUAUGACUGCAGCAUGGCUUUCCGCUUUGGUCGGACUCUGUAUCACCAUUGGUCAGAUCGUGGGUGGCUUUUCAGGAAAGAAGAUCGGGUACCUGAAAUGGCAGUGCGUCGUUGGUAUCACUCUUGGAUCGCUAUUCUUCGCCACGAUGGCCACCUGUGGUGUCGGAACAAUGGCACGCGCAUCCGCUCUAUUGUCCUUUGGCGUCUUCUUCGUCGGCUGGACUGAAGGCGCUGCCAUUACCAUCGUCACCCUCGCCGCGCAGGAUCAGUUCGCUCUGGGAACAUCAGCAGGUGUCGCAGGUUCCAUCAGGUUCCUCAUCUCCUCCAUCGCAGCUACAGUCUUCUCGACUGUCCUAUCCAACCGGCUAGCGGCUACAAUCGCCGCACAGGUUCCUCCAGCCGUCACUGCUGCCGGACUGCCCGGAUCCUCCAUCGCAUCUUUCAUUGCCGCGUUUGCAGUCGGACCCGAUGCUUUCAAAGCCGUGCCAGGAAUCACACCGGAGAUUCUUGCGGCGGGAACGGCAGCGUACCAGCAUGCGAAUGCCGACGCUUAUCGCACAGUGUUUCUGUCGAACAUUGCUUUCAGCGGUGUCGCCAUCAUCUGCGCUUUGCUGUUGCCGAAUGUGGAUCACCUUUUGACUGGGCAGGUGGCUACUACUCUACAUAAGGGUCGUGAUGAGAAGACAAUUGCUGGAGAGUGA